AUGCAGCAAGACCGAUCCUCCAACUCGCUCCCCGGCUCGUCCGCCGGACCCAACAAGGCCGGCGCUAGCGCACCCUCCGGCGCCGCUGCGCUCGGCUCUGAGAUCGGUGCCGAACGCGACGCCCGUCGGGAGCUCGCCCAAGCGCAGCGCGAAGGCGACUCGAUCCCUACCUCCACCACCACCUCCUCCAACGCAGCCGAUCUCGGCUUCGGCCAGCUCAACGGUGCCGAACAGGGAAUCUCCACCCCUGGCGCUGAGAAACGCGAUCAGCUGCAGAACCAACGCAACACCGAAUUCAACAAGGACCAGCCCGAUCUCCGAAAACUCGCCGCCAGCAGCGCAGGUAGCGCAGCUCACAACCCACUGGGUGGUGAGGCAAAGAGCUCCGGUGCUCAGCAGCCCGAUGAUAUUCUCGAGACGGUGAGCAGGAGCACCGGUACGGAGAGCGGUACCGGUGCCGUGGGGACGGGCGAGAUCGAGGUCGGAAGGGACGCUAGUACCGCACGCACUGCUUGA